UCAUGUAUUUGUACAAAGAGAUCUUAGAACAAGAUCCUCUUCCUGGGCUUGUGUCCGAGUCUCCCAACUCACCUCCGUCAAAGCCUGACACCCACGUGCUUCACAAAAUUUCGCCACCUGUUUAACCUUCGCCGCUAAAUCGCAGCCUCCCAUUUUCAUCUCAACAUGUACGUGCGUAUUUAGAGAGACCCAUGUAUAUUCUCCUUCGUCGCCAAGCUAUCCCUUAUCGAUUUCUGCUCCACAAAAACCCUACCAAGUUUCCCAAUAAUCCCUUCAAUCUCUAUCACACACACUCUUCAGAUCACUACACCCACUUCAUCCCCACGCUCCGAUUUCGAAUCAACUCUUUUGUUAGGUUGUUGUUAGGGUUCGCCGAGAGAUCGUUUCAGCUCGUGGACGAAGACGAUAUUGGUUGGAGCAAUAAAAGAAAAUCAUUCAACGGCGGAAUUGGAGUCACGUCGCCUAAGGCCAGGACACGGGAUCGAAAUCAUCUCGAAAAAAGGGAAAGGAUGACUCGUGUUUUUGUUCAGAGAGGUUCUUCUGCCGCUGGGCCUUCUUCAUCAUCUAAUAAUACAAACAGGUCGAGUUCUUCGUCUUCAUCGAGUCUACCUCAGGCUCAGGUUACAGGGGACGACGUCCAAGAACAAAUUCUUUCUGAAGAUCUUCCUGUAGAAACUGUUGAAAUCGAUCGAAACGAUGGUCUUGAUGUACCCACUACUGAUAAAAGCGAAGACGAAACUGUUUCAGAAGAUCUUUCGAAAAGAAUCGGUGGCUUGCGAGUAAACGAAGAGGAAGAAGAGAAAGAUGUAAAAAAGUCCGAUGAUUAUCCUUCGCAAACAACCGGCGGAAGUCCACAUCCACAUCCACCUCCACCACCUGCUCCGCCUACUCCACCCCCAAAACCAUCUUCAACAGGUUCUAACUCCCGGAGAUUUACGCCUGGUAAUUCUGCCGCUUUACGAAUUGGUUCAUCUAGAAGAGCCACCGCUUGGCCAGUUGUUUCCACAGGAUCUCCGAGGUCUCAUCCUGAAAACGAUGGCUACAACAGCGCUGAUGAACAAAACCCAUGCUUCGGAUCCUCAUAUGAUGAUGCUGUGAGUUCUAGUCGUUUUACUCACUUCAAAGAACUGAAUAAUAAUCAGACUAAUACGGAAAGGGAGCGACAGUUUGAGAUUGAUAUUAGACGCACAAAAGGUUAUGAAGUGAAAAGAAUGUCAGAAGAUGGGAAUUGUCUGUUUCGUGCUGUUGCAGAUCAAGUUUAUGGCGAUUCUGAAGCAUACGAUUUGGCUAGGCAAAUGUGCAUAGAUUACAUGGAACGCGAGAGAGACCACUUCUCACAGUUUAUAACAGAGGGUUUCACUUCUUAUUGCAAGAGAAAGAGAAGAGAUAAAGUCUAUGGGAACAAUGUGGAGAUUCAAGCAUUAUCUGAAAUGUACAAUCGGCCUAUUCAUAUCUACUCAUAUAGCACUGAGCCUAUAAAUAUAUUCCAUGGAAGCUAUAACACAGAUACACCUCCAAUCCGGCUAAGUUACCAUCAUGGCAACCAUUACAACUCUCUUGUUGAUCCACGUAGGCUCACAAUAGGUGCUGGCCUUGGGUUUAGCUGCCUGCAAGGGACGAAUGUUGAUAAAGAUCAAGUGAAAGCAGCAAUCAAAGCUCAACAAGAUCAACAGAUUGAUAAUGCUCUUAUGGCAGAGGCACGUUUCUGCUCAGAUAUGGAGUUGACUGAGAAAGAGAUUGAGCAUAUGGUGAUGGCUGCAUCCAGGGCUGAAUACAUGGCAAAUGAUAAGUUCAAACAGCAACUUGGUCCAACAGAAUCUUCAACUUCUGAUGCUCAACCAUCCUCUUCUGGAGGUGGGCCAUCAGGGAGUGAGAGCAAAGGUGAAGGAACAGUGCUGUGUAAUGGAAUGCAGAUGGUGCUGUCAAUGGGGUUCAGUUAUGUGCAGGCGAUGGAGGCGUAUAGUAUAUUUGGUGAUGACGUGGAUUCCAUGGUUUGUUAUCUUCUUGAAACUAGCAGCAGGCGUAAAGGGAAAGCAACUGAAUAAAGAUAAAAAAGAUUAAAGAUGGAUAUCAUUGGAUUUGGAGUUAGUAGUGGUGGUAAAAAGUAAUAAAUAAUGGCUUCUUUGUAUGGAUUGAAUGUUAAAAACAGUAUUAAUGUCUUCUCUUGUCUUUUGUAUAUUUGUGUUUGAUCUUACCCAUGUGUAGAUCGUUUUAUGAUAACAUCCGAUCGAAUAAACACUU